AAGCGGUCAGAGCUGAUGGCAGCAUUUCUACGCGAAGUGGACAUUUGGUUUGGAUUUAGCCAUCCUCACGUAGUUCGUCUCUUCGGUGCGUGCCAUGUUGGGCGACCAUUUUUUGUUUGUGAAUACGCCACGAACGGGACGCUAGUCCGCUAUCUGAGAAAACACCCCAAUGAUCUAUGGCAAAAGUUGCAUGAAACCGCGUUGGGUGUACAGUACCUGCAUGCGCGUGGUGUUGUCCAUGGUGAUCUGAAAGGGAGUAAUAUCGUCAUUGGGAGUGACAAGAAAGCGAAAGUGACCGAUUUUGGUCUUAGCAUCAACGCCGACGACGUCUCCGACCCGCGAAUCUCCGGUGCGUCUCAUUGGGUGGCGCCUGAGUGUUUUAUCAGAAAUGAUUCACGGCCGACCUUCGCGUCAGACAUCUAUUCUUUGGGUAUGUGUAUUGUGGAAGCACUGCGUGCGUGCCUACCUUGGGGCAGUCUGGGGAAUACCGUGGUGAAGCAACACGUAAGGCAGGGCAAGUUGCCUUCUCCGUCGCCUCUGAUCUGCCUGGGUAAGCAAUGGGAACUAGUGCAACGAAUGUGCGCCUUUGAACCGGAAAAGCGCCUGAAAUUCUCAACGGUA